AAAUCAAUUUAUGCCAAGCACAGAAAAAUAUUUAUGAGAAAAUAUAAAUUGAACUAGAAAUGAAAAUAACUAAGGAUGAGUUUGAAACCAAUUUCGAAGUGGGAAUCCGACAACGUGGGUUUCGCCUGCAGCCAUGCGAUGCAGGGAUAUGGAUACGGAGUAGCCAUCGCCUGUGGAAAGAACACCGAUGUGGGAGCGAUGACAGCACUCAGCUUCAAGAAAAGACCAAAGAGUCGUGUGGAAAGACAUUUAAAACAAGUUUUUUAUUAUACGCUUUGCGUGGCUUUAAUAAUGAUACUCCUUCUUCUCAUAACAACCGGAUUUGAACGUGGUGAAAUUGUGUACGAGGUGAAUCUUUCACUUUUGGUUGCAUUGAUGCCAAUGUACUUGCCAUUUAUCCUUUACUGGGGACUCCGGAGGACGAAAACGCAAAUGAGAAAGAAGCAAUGCCAUGUGAGGAACCUUCGGAGUGCCAGCACAGUGGGCCUAACCACAGUAAUAGUCACAGAUUUAGUUGGCACCAUGACCAAGCGAAGAAUGCGGGUUACCGAGAUCUUUGUGGACAUGGCUUUAUUGAGUGCCAAUGACUUGAAUGCAAAUGAUCUCGAUCCGCGUUUCAUUGAACUCAUCCAGGCUUCGGUUCUCUGCAAUGAUGCGGUUAUUUGUCCAGGAAACAUUGGAGUACCCAAAAUGCAAAAGGAUAUGUAUGGCAAUAUUUUGGAUGUAGCUUUGCUCAAGUUCGGUUUGAUGAUGCUACCCGAUAUUGAUCUUUUGAGAAAAGAUCACGAAAAAGUGGCCAAUAAACACUAUACCAAUGCGGAUAAGGUUCAGGUGACUGUUCACAGGACUCGCGACGAAGAAGGCCAGAUGAAACUGAUUCUCCUGAUGAAAGGACAUUGCCAUGUGGUUUUAGGCAGAUGCUCCACCUUUGCCAUUCGCGAUGAGGAGAUCCCGCUGGACGAUCAAUUCACGAGUAUAAUUCAAAGUGUGGCGGAUGGUUUAUUGGAGGCAGGUCGUCAUGUUCGAGCUUUUGCUUACAAAGAGUUGAGCAACGAGUUGGAAUUUCGUCGCUUCUCGCAGGUGAAUGCAAAUACUGGCUUGGAAAGUGGGGAUUACAAGUACAGGGAUUACUUGGCGGUGGAUACUUUCUCCCUGAGAUUCCUCGGCAUGAUUGCCACCCACAAUCCCUCGAGAAGCACCAUUCCCAAGGCGGUAGCUCGCUGCAGACAAGCGGGUAUUAAGUUGAUCCUGGUUACAAGUCGUAAAAGGCAUCUGGCUCAAGCUUUAGCCGAAGAUGUGGGCAUUUUUUCGCCACAAAUGGAUAAUUUCAGCCGCAGUACUAUCAAUAUGAGGCGCAGUACUAUCAAUAUGAGGCGCAGUACUAUCAAUAUGAGGCGCAGUACUGUCAAUAUGGGGCGCAGUACUAGCAGUAUGAUGCGAACCGGUGCGAAGAUAGUGGACAUGUCGCUGUACAAAGAGUAUAAGCCCCAUCACCAGAUUUGGGAAAUCGAACAAUUGCUUUUGAGUGAAAGGGAUUUGAUUUUUGCCGCCACAAGUAGGGAUCAACAUCUCUGGAUUGUGGAAUCAUGUCGACGGUUGGGAGGAGUAGUUUCCGUGAUUGGAGGAACUCUUAAUGAUACUCCAGCUAUGAUGAGUGGCCACGUGGCGGUGGCCAAGUACGGAUGUGCCGUCAUGUGCGAAGCCAGUGCGGAUCUCAUCCUGCUGGACAGCUCCUUCGCCACAUUAAUCGUUGCGAUUAGCGACAGUCGUCUGCUGUUCGAGAACCUCAAAAAGGCAUUGGCCUAUUGCCUCGCCACUAAUACGACCAAUAUUCUUGUGUUCUCCUGCUUCUUCCUGCUCCACAUUCCCCUCCACCUGCAUAUCAUAGAUGUGCUCAUCCUGGCCUUCCUGGUCAACUUGCUACCUGCCUUGACUCUGAUUUACGAGUUCCCCGAGAAGAGAAUGAUGAUGCAGAUGCCCAAAGUCUACGAUGACAUUCUGCUUAAUAGUCGACUAAUUUUUGUGUCCCACAUUCUGGUGGGAACCAUCGAAGCCGCUGCAGUUUUUACGACCUACUUCGUUUUCAUGGGGAGCAAGGGAUUCGCUCCAAAAACUCUGGUGGGUCUGCACAUCGUGUGGCACGAUGAGCUGGUGGACAACAUAACCGAUACUUUUGGCCAGGAAUGGAGCAGCGCCGCCCGGGAGAAACUGGAGUGCCAGGUGUCCUCCCUGUGCCUGAUGAGCCUCAUCACGAUGCAGUGCACCAACCUGGUGUUGACGAAGACGGGACGUGCCAAUCUGCUGAAUCAUGGCUGCGGCAACUGGCUACUAAAUUUGGCGGUCGUCUAUUUGAUUUUCAUCGCCGUGGAGAUGUGCCUUCUGGACUCCACUGUUUGCCUCAAGCUGGAUGGAUCCAACGAAUUAGACUUUGGUGACUUCCUCUGGACCAUCUGGCCAUUCGUUGCCCUACUCAUCUUCCUCGAGUCCGCUCGCAAAUACUUUCUUCGCCUUUUUCCCGGCAGUUGGCUUGAGCGGGCGACGAUGUACUGAGCAUACAAAUAAUUGUGCACUCAGAGAAGUAAUACUAAUACUAAUAACCGAAAAAUGAUAAUGUCGUUGCUUUUUAUCACACGAGCAUGAUUUUUAGAAUAUCGAGUUUUUUAACGACUUUUGAAAUUUGAAUUCAAUUUCAUAAAAAUCGCAAAAUAUGCUGUUUUUUGAUGCAAUUCCUUUCCAAAAUUAAAAAAAAAAUGGAUUUGCUCAAAAUUGACCAAAAUUCACUAAUUCUAAGUCCAUAACUUUUCUAA